UGAGCUACCCACGCUACAGGGUUGGCUACAGCAUUCCAAAGCCCUUCUUCCCGUCCCCGAUUUCUUGUCCAAUACAAUUGUCAUCGCUGCAGCCCUGCAGGGCUUCGCCGAUUUCCAUAUCGGCGGCGACGGCGCCAUCAGUCGGGUUUUGACGCGACUUGCGGUGAGGCGGCUGAUUUUAGGGCAGGACUUUAAAGUUUGGGAGACUCAUUAGAAAACUUAUUCUCUACAGACUCAGCAAAACCUGGGUGGUUACAUACUUCCAAUGCCACGGUUGUUAGAUGACAUCCACUCGAACUUGCGAGUUACUAUCUAGCUGUCAUCAGGAUGAGCUCUCUGGAGAUUAUUGAUUUGUGUAGCGAUGAUGAAGCUGAAUCACAGGAUAUUAAAGAUAUUAAGCCCAUCAUAUUAUCAGCACCCUGCAAAGAAACAGCUAGCAACUCUUCAAUACUUGCUUCUCGGGGUUCUUAUCGGCCACCUUGCAGGCAAUUUUGGAAAUCUGGCGAUCAUGAGCUUGGGAAUUCUAUUGAAUCAUUACCUAGAAAUGGCAAGAACCGCUUGCGUAUCCAUCCCAAAUUUCUCCAUUCAAAUGCCACUUCACAUAAAUGGGCUUUUGGUGCAAUAGCAGAGUUACUUGAUAAUGCGAUUGAUGAGGUAAUCAUUAGUAUACUCAUUUCAGUAACGGAUGAUAAAGAGAUCCAUGCCAUUCUGAUUUAUGGUGUAGGAUUUGAAGUGCCAAUCAGGUUUAGAUGCAACAAGAGAACAUAUACUAGUAUAAAGGCGGGCGGGUUGGGGCUGCUGAGCUGGCCGGUGGGAGUCUGGCCGGCGGUGGCUGGGCUGCUGGCCGGCGGAAGAGGUCGAGUUAAUCCAAGCAACCUUGUAAGGGUUUGGGUGAGGUGUGGCCUUAAUGCUAAGUUUGGAAAUCAUUGUGGAGGAGACGACGUUAAUGCAACUCCCACUGUCGAUAAUGACCUUGCAGUUCUUAUCUCCAAUCUUAGUAAAGGUGUGAAAAAUGGAAGUCCUUCUCUAGUCAUCACUUGGUUUAGGCUGGGACAAAGCGCAUCUAAUGACCUGAAGGGUGACAGCAAUGUGCCCAUACCCAUGACACCUAUAACAUUUGGUUCCGGAAUUGGAUUUGGGCGCGUCACGUUCGGGGGCUUUACCUUUGGAAUCCGGGCGAGGUGGGGCCGGGUUAGCAGUGGGUCGACUACCUAUCGAGUUUGUGGGUCGGUUUUGGGGCUAGCUGGUGGAAGUACGAUAUGGGAUUUGGGUUGGGGUGGCGGACUCCUCGCCGUUGCAGCGAAUCAAGAAAUCGUCGAAGGCAGAGAUGUAGUCCUUAACAGGGUGUUCACCUCGAGCUUCACGCAUGUUCUCCAAGUUGGUCCAGUACAGGUUGGCUCGACCAGUGAGCUUCAUUUCAGCGAACCUGACUUUCCUAGCUUCAGAGAUGUUGUACCAUUUGAAAUAACUAUCCAUGGAUUUAAGCCAAUCCAAGAAAACUUGGGGGUCCAGGGUUCCAUCAUAUGUUGGAGCAUCAAUCCUAAUAUUCUUCAACAGUUGGGCGUCGUUGUCUCUCCAAGGGUUCUCAUCUCCUACGGGUUCGUGAUGGGGUCUCGGGUUAUGACGGUAAUGGUCUCGAGGAGGGCCAUUAUCUCGGGGCUGCUCACGCUCAGUUCUGUUAUCAUCGCCAUAGGUAAAUCAACUCGCAGUAUUGGACUACUUUCUUAUACCUUCCUAAGGCAAACGGGAUGUGAUGACAUAGUGGUCCCUGUGGUAGAUUAUGAGUUUAAUUCUGCAACAGGUGCAUGGGUUCAUCUACUUCGCAUUAAUGAAAAGAAUUUCUCUUCAAACUUGACCACACUUUUGAAAUGGUCUCCUUUUGAUACAGAAGUUGAACUGUUGAAGCAGUUUGAUGACAUAGGACAUCAUGGAACUAAAAUUAUCGUGUUCAAUCUGUGGCACAAUGAUGAUGGUGUUAUGGAGCUUGAUUUUUACACAGAUUCAGAGGAUAUACUGAUCACUGGAGGGCAUGUAGAGCAAAAGAAAGUAAAGAAGUCUAACACGGAAGCUGAACUAACCCAAACAAAUGUUGCAGGUCGAUAUCAAUAUUCACUCAGAGUAUACUCAUCAAUCUUGUAUCUGAAGUUGCCACAAAACUUCAAGAUAUUGUUACGUGGUGUAGAAGUUGAACCUCACCACAUUGUUAAGGAUUUAAUGUAUAUCGAGUGCAUUAGGUACAAACCACAAGUUGAUGUAAACCAGGAGGUAAUUGUGGACACUACGAUUGGAUUCAUGAAUGGUGCGCCUGCUAUUAAUGUUCAAGGAUUCAAUGUCUACCACAAGAAUCGCCUUAUUCUGCCUUUUUGGAAAGUUGCUCACAAUUCAUAUGGCAAAGGCAGAGGCGUUGUUGGGGUUCUUGAGGCAAAUUUUAUCAAGCCUACACAUGAUAAGCAAGAUUUUGAGAGGUCAAGCAUUUAUCAAAAGCUUGAGAUGCGCUUAAAGGACAUGACAUAUGAGUACUGGGACCUAUAUUGUCAUUUAGUUGGUUACCAGAAUAGGAAAAUGCCUCAUAAAAUUGUUCCUCAGUCGCCUUCCACAAAUUCAUCGGUAGCCCUGCAACAGUCUAAGAUGAAUCGCACAGCUUCGGUUGGUGUGGCAUCUGCUGCUCCGAGUGUGGUUGCUUUGAGUGCACCUACAUUCUUACCAGCGCUGUUGCCUCAAAAAAGAAAACGUGAGAUCCAUGGCUCUCAAACUGAAUCAUUUAAAUGUGGACCUGCACCUCAUGCAACUAAAGAUGGUUUUUGUGGUAAUCACAAAGUGAUGGUGAUGGUGGAAAACGUUGUUACUGACAAGCAAAGGAAGACAUCGGAUGCAUUGAAGCUAGAAAAUAAGAGGUUGCAUGAACAGUGCUUGGAGUAUGAAGAGACAGAGAAACAACUUUUGCUUAAGGAACAAAAGCUUAGGAGUGAGCUGAGAGAGGCUGAAGAAUUGUAUGCGAAGCUUUUGGCUGAUGCCAGCAUAAUAAAUGAUCUUAAGAGAGAAAAAUUUUGAUUAGUAAUUGAAUUUGUACAGUACAUCAGCGUCUAGACCUUUCACCAUUUCAUAGCCAGCUAACUACCACUCUACUUCUACCAAUGCUGAAAAAUCUGAAUUUUAGGAGGCUGGGAUCGUUUUGUUGUCCUGGGCGUUUGUAUAUUUGUUGCAAUUUAACGAUAAAAGGUUUCAUUCUUUUGCCUAAGUAGGUUAGGGAAAAUCUUUUCAUUAUAGAAUCAGGGAAUUUCACGGAUCUUGUAAUGUCGAUAGAAUGAGAUGUAAAUCUGUUGUAAUUUGGGGUAAAUUUCUCCUACUUGGAAGUUGACAGUUAAAUCAAUUAAGUUAAAAUUUUGCAGUUUCUGUUUU